AUGGUGGAUACACAACUGCAAUUCAGCAGUGCUUAUUAUCCCCAAACCGAUGGGCAAACUGAGGUCGUGAAUCGGUCGUUGGGUAACUUGCUGCGAAGUCUGGUGGGGGAGCAUGUGAAGUGUUGGGAUCUCAAGUUGUGCCAAGCUGAGUUUGCCCAUAAUCAUGCAGUCAAUCGUAGCACGGGUUUUAGCCCUUUCCAAGUUGUGUAUGUUGCUGUUCCCGAAGGUCCUCUGGGUUUAAUUCCUUUAACUAACAAAUCUAAAGUUCAUGGUAAGGCAGUAGAUUUUGUGGAUAGCUUGCGAGAGAUUCAUCAAGCAGUGUUUGAACAUUUGACAGCAGCUAAUGCCAAGUAUAAGCAAGCUGCGGAUAAAAAGCAUCAUUCGGUGGAAUUUGAAGUGGGUGAUUAUGUGUGGGCAAUUCUUACUAAGGAUCGAUAUCCAGCUGGGGAGUACAACAAGCUUUCAGCAAGGAAGAUUGGGCCGAUAGAGCACCUGAUUCCUUACACGAGUGACAGCUCGGACGAGGACAAUUUGAGGGCGAAUUCUCUCCACCCAUGGGAGAAUGAUGCGGUAGAAGAGGCGGCAAGUCGGUACAUGGAGAAAAAUAGGUUCUGA